AUGGAUGAUUGCAAUAUCAAGAACGGAACUAUGGGAGUCCAUUUGGUAAUAACAAAAGAAGGACGGCCAAGUGGGGUAGCUUAUGUAGACUUGGAAUCCCAGGAUGAUGUGGAAUUGGCUUACAAAAAGGAUGGUCAAUACUUAGGGGAGAGGUACAUAGAAGUGUUCCAAGCAACUGUAAGUGAGAUGCAGAGAACGAUUAGAAGAAGCAAACAAAGCAUCCAACGAGCAAUAUCCGAUGCUUGUGUCAGAGUCAGAGGUCUUCCAUACAAGACAAGUGAACAGGAUGUUAUCAACUUUUUUGAAGGUUUAGACAUAUUACCUGAUGGAGUAUUUUUGGUACACGAUGAUCAAGGAAGAACUACAGGGGAGGCGUACGUGCAGUUUAGAGAUCAAGAAGAAGCGGAACGAGCACUCAAAAGGCACAUGGGACGACUGUAUCACAGGUAUAUAGAGGUGUUUAGAAGUAGUUUGGGAGAGUUGAGGCUCGCUCAGUCGCCCCAGACAGAUCAAGAGGAGUACCUCCCUCCCCCUCCCCCUCCACAGACCCAAUACAGAGGGCCGGUUAUGAACAACAGGGGUUAUCAAAUACUGAGACCACUGCGAUUUUCUGGUUAUCCAGACAGAUACAUUAGACAACAAUGGAAUGGCGCCAGAUACCCACCAUACGACCAAAACCAUGGAAGACAACGGGACCCAGAACCAAGGUACCACCAGGGCGAAGGUAGAGAACGUAAAUCAAAUGCUUUGCACAUGCGAGGACUUCCUUACAAUGCUACUCGAGAUGACAUUACGGAGGUAAGACCAAUCAACUGUGACUAUGUUUCAGAAGAGCAAAGACAGCUGCUCGGCACAGAAGAAGAGUCAUCUGACCGCCACAGCAGCGACGGAGAAGAUGAGAUACCAAAGGAGGUGUGGACUAUCAAUGAGGAACAACAAGAGUACUACAGGACACAGUUCUGCAACCUGCAGCCCGACCCUAGCUGUCUGUUGCCAGGACCCACGGCCAGACAGUUCUUUGAGAAGUCCAAACUGCCUGUGCAGGAACUCCGCAAAAUAUGGCAACUAGCGGAUGUGACGAAAGAUGGUGCGCUGUCCCUGGCUGAAUUCAAUGUUGCAAUGCACCUGGUGGUGUUGAGGAGAAAUAACAUCCCGCUACCGGACGUGUUGCCGCCCGCUCUACUGCCCAGCGUGACCGGCUCACGCGCGUCUAGUCCAGCUCUCAGCACGGCUGGGUCAACCAGCUCACCACACCGGGGGAAAGAGUGGACCAAGUUUGUUGAUUCACCUACAAGCUCAGUUUCAUCUCCUGGACCCAAACCUGUGAAUUUCGACUUCCAUAAAUCUGCAGUAGAACAAGAUCCCAAGAUACUCCACCCAGUGCCUCUGAGAGUGACUCCUGCGCCAGACCUGCUGGAGUCUGAGGAACCCAAGAAACUAACGGAACAGCUGAGUGGAGGCGAGGCGAGUCCGAUACGACCAAUACAGCGGCCGCAGCCCAAGAAACCUGCUGCACCAGGGCCUGGUGCAAUACCUCCACCACCUCAGCCAGUCUUGGACGAUGUUACAAACUCAGGCCCUGUCAGUUUGCCCACAACUGUACUCAAGAAGGAGCCUCCACCUCCACCCCCGCCACGGCCUCACCGCACACACACUAGAAGUUCCUCUCUCGACCUCAACAGGCUUGGUAAAAGUGGCAUACUCACAAACAUACCUCCAGUUCCUCCCAGGACAUCACCUGGAUCAAUGUCACCCAAAAAGUACAUCACUCAUCAUCACCAAGAAGGAGAGGCAGAUCAGUCGACAGCUUUCGCAGACUUCGCUCAGUUCCCCGCGGAGACGAGUGAUCAAGUCAGAUCUCACGGGGCCUUCCAGGUGUACAGAAAACCAAUUCCAGAGAGAAGUUCUCCGCCGUUCAGAGAAAUUCCUCCCACACCUUCUGAUGGCAGCCUGGACGCUCGGAAGGAACAUAAUGAGGUUUUGCGGCAACUGUGUGCCACACUGCAUACCGAUCUGACUCUCGUAAAAGAGGAGAAAAUCUCACUUCAGUUACAACUGGACAAACUAAAUGCCAAGAAUAUAACCAGUUAGACCUUCUAGCUAAUUAAUUAAUAAUCUCAGUUGUUACAAUACGUUAAUUGCUGUAAAUUUACCCUUCAAAAUAGUAUUAUCGUUAAUUUAAUGGUUGAUGUUAUACUGUUUUGCACUAGUGUUAUUUUGUAUAAAUAUGUUAUUGUAAAAAAAAAAAUAUAACAACAGAGCUAGACUGUAUGAUUUGUUAUGUUUUAUUUGUUAGCAGCCAAAAACUUACAGUUUGUGUAUAAAUAUUUUAAGGAUUUUAUAUUUGCUCACAUAUUGCUAUGUUAAGUCAUUUAAGUGUCCUAAGGCUUACUGAUAAGUUUAGAGAGGUGUCUUGGUGAUAAUAGUAUGAUAAAGAACAGCAAAGAUCUUUUUUUUUAUUUUACUUUUUCCUAAAAUCUAAAUUAUAUUUACUUAAAAUUUAGUUUUCCAUUAUAAAACAAAGUAUCAUUACAAAUACAUUGUAUGUCAAAACUAUAGGGUGGUUCAUAGUUACUGUACUACUUAAAUUAAAACAAUGAUCACAAUUAAUUUUUUCUCGCAAAUGUCAGAAAAACUAACUCUAUUAUUUAUUAAUCUUUAGUGAUUUUUUGGGGAAACUGGCUAUUUCUGUGCAGUAGGAAACCAAUUCCGAAUCAAUCGGGAUUGGACCCCAUAUACAGAUUAUCAAAAAUCCAGAUAAACAUAUUUUUCAAGAAAAAAUUGUCUAAAAUGGAAAAGUAGUUAUAAACCAAAUUGUAAUGUACAUUUUUACAUGACAAUUGCUUAGUAGUUUGUUUAUGAGAAGGUGGCAUUAGGAAGAUGAUUACUUGUCCAAUAGACUCGCCGCAUGAUGCACACAAUUAUUGGCCCACAUUUAAAUAUGUGAAUGAUUACCACAAACUGCAUGCAACAAGAAUAAACUUAGUUAUUUUUCUGGUCAAUUUUUUUUCUUUUUCUUAAGGUUAUCUGGAGGAUUGUAGUUUUGAUUGUAAUUAGAGUUCUACUGUAGUUUUCACGGUCUGAAAUCAAUGUGCUUUAUUUGGAUUAGGAUCAAUAAUAAUAAUCAAUAAUCAAUAAUCAAUCGUUGAGAUGGGGACGCCACCUAGGUGCGUAUUUUAACCCAAAUAUGAGUGAAGGAUGAGUGUAGAAUGGUGUGUGAUGACCUGUGUAGCUUUGUUACUGACUAAUAUCAGCGGUUUCAUUAGUCAGGAUCAUUUAUUUAAAGCCCAAUGAUCAGGAACAGCUGGGUCCAGUUUCGAACCAUCAAAAAGCUACUGACUUUUCUCAGGAUCGAACCGGUGACCUUUUGAUUAAUAGGCGAGCCCUAUAACCACUCAGCUACCCAGCCACCCAGAACCAAAUAUGCAAAGAUUUUUCAAAUUGUUUGUUACAUACCUAGGAAUUUUUUUAGUGAUCUGCAUCCCUAAAUAGUACUUUAUGGGUUUGAUGGCCAAACCUUCAUACUAUUGUGUUCUUCAUAGCGAAGCUUGUAGUAAAAAUUUAUUGAUUAUAAAUAUAUUAAAUAAGUAAAACCCAAAAAGAAAUUCUUUAUAAAUUUUAUCUGUAAUUUUGCUUCAACAAGUCUAUUAAUUUUGAUAACACUGCAUGUCUAUAGUUCUGAAAUAAAAACAUUUCUUGUAGAAACUUUCAAAUGGGUAAUACAGUAUGGCCUCAAUGGCAAUUUUCCCUUAUCAAUACUAAACUUACUUAUGAAGCUUUAAGUCCUUUAUACUUCCCUUUCCAUAUAUUAUCAAACAUAUUUUAUUAACAUAUAGACCUACUAUAUUUUGUUGUGUAUGAUACUAAAAAAAUUUUAAUUUUAAAUGCUAGACAAGCCAAGUCAAAUUUGCUUAGAUUUUUUUUUAUAUUUUAAAAUCAGUAAUUGUCAAUUUUAUAAAAUAAGUAGCCCUAUCAAUUUGCAAGUUAUCUUAAUAUUCUUAUUCUAGUCCUUUAAUUAUUGUAUUAUGCUUGCGUAAUAUCUUGAAAGUUAUUAUUGAAGAGAAAUAUUAUAAUCUUAACACGUAAUUUCUGACGAAGUAUAUUUCAUUACUUUUUAAGUAAGGUCCGUUCGUGCAUAGCUUUAUACUUUGUGUGUACGCCGCAACGAGGCGACACGCUGCUUACUAACUCAUUGGUGAACAGAAUCACGCCACUUGCAACUGUGUAGCUGAUAAUGGCUAUGCUGUUUGCCUAGACUUUUAUUGAAAUUAUUCAAUCUUCCUCCAUAUGCAAAGAUAAGAUCAGUGAUACGUUUUUGACUGCAAGAAAAAUCAAAAUCCCCAACCCAUUUCCGCACUUUACUCUAACUCAUUGCAAGGUGAAAAACAUCAGUCAUUUGGUGAUGGAUGAGCAGCAUUGGAUAUGUUUCUUGCAUUCAGAAAACAAACCAAAAAGAAAAGAGACAAUAAUGUAAAACCUAGCCGGAAUGUUCAAUAAUUCUUAACAUUUUCUAGGCACACAGCAAAGCAUACACAUCAGCUACAGAGCUGAAAAUGGGGCAAUUCUGUUCACAAAUGACGCCAGUAAGCAGCAAACUGCCACGUUGCUGUGUACAGUAGAACUCCGAUUAUCCGAAUCAAUUGGGACCAGACCCCAUUCGGAUGGUCGGAGUUUUACAGGAAUUCCGGCAAUUUCCAAGAAAAUCCUCAUUUUCGGUACUAAAUGAACUUCUAAUUAAUAAUAAAUUAAAUCAGAACAUUUUUACAGUUUACAAUGCUCAUAGCACAAGUGUUCUAUACAUGUUCUUAUCAGAGUCCAAAAUUACACACUGGCUAAAUUUGUUUAGUAACAAUUCUUUCAUAUUUUGCAAAACUUAUUAUUACUGAAGCUUUACGUUUUUAAAGUUGUUGAAAUAUGCGAUUCGGAUAGUCGGCGAUUCGGUUAAUUGGAGUCCGGAUAAUUGGAGUUCUACUGUACUUGUGAACUAUGGAGCUAUUUGCACAAUCGGUCCCUUAAAAUACACCCCUCAUAAUUGCACAUUUAGUGGUAUUUACA